UACGUUGGCGGAAGGUACAAGGAGAUCCUCGGAGUAUCGAAGUGGUGAUCCACGGUGAAGAACGGCAUAUGCGCGUCCGAGAGCUUCGAGAUUUGUUGUUUUCGAAGAUAGCCUGAGAGCGAGAGAGAGAAAGAGAGACAGACACAAGUAGUCCAGCACAAGGGAAGAAGCUACGGCAGUGUGGUGCGGGCCGUCAUCCGCGACGCACGCGUGCUCCAUAGACGCGUCAUUCUCGUCUGCCCAUGCGUUUGACCACGUGACUUUUUUCCUCUCUUUCUCCUCCUUCUCUCUUUUCCUUCUCCCUCUUUCCUACCCUGUCUCUCCGCUUCGGCACUUCCGUCUAGCCCUCACCCAUCCCUUCCUAACCUACGUACCAUAAACCCAGGCGUACGCUCCGAUUCACGAAUCACGACAGUAGAGGCGAAUAAGACCAGAGUUCUCUGCGCGACGUGUUUUCUCUCCGUCUCGCUCUACCCUCCUCGUUCGCCGGGAGCCACGUACCUCUCACUCCUUUUCUCUCUCACUGGAGUCGGCGUUCCGCAAGAGAUCGCACUCGCGAUUAUUUACCAUCAGCCACUGCAUUGCGCGCUGUAUGCUGCUCGACAAUGACGAGAAGAUGUUUGACGGAUUGUGAACGAAAAACGGUUUGAGUGCAGACUCCAUCGAAGAUUCUUCGAUUGUUCAUUCGAGAGUGAAUCCAUAGAAGGAAGUGAAUCUUGGCGAUUGGACGGUCUUGAACGACUGUCACAGCAACGAGAUGAAAAUCGAAUUUCAGAUUGGACUGUGCCUCGCGGCCUUUGCCGCGCUGAUCGCCGCCGAGGACAAGCCGACGAACACGGUCUCGGUGUCCCCGGGUUCUCCGGCGAUCCAGAGCAACACCAUUCAGAAGCUCAUAAAAAUUCUGGAGAAAUACGGACCCGAGGAACCGCGUGGCCUUAAGAGGGUCUACUUGAGUAACAGAUCCAUCACGUGUAACGACGGAUCCCAGGCGGGAUUCUAUUUGAGAAAGUCCCAUGGCUCCAAGAGGUGGAUAAUAUUCCUGGAGGGUGGCUUGUACUGCUACGAUCAUACGAGCUGCAGGAGGAGAUGGUUGAAACUGAGGCAUCUGAUGACGUCGACGCAGUGGCCCGUCACGAGAGAGGUGGGAGGCCUCCUAUCCGCGAAUCCCGAAAAGAACCCAUUCUGGUGGAAUGCGAAUCACGUAUGCGUGCCCUAUUGCACCAGUGAUAUUUGGAGCGGUACCAGAGCUUCUCCGAAUGACAUGUUCUCCUUCAUGGGCGCGGAAAUAGUGUCCCAGGUGGUAAGAGACUUGAUACCUCUUGGACUAGAGAACGCAAGUUCUCUGAUGCUCGCUGGUAGCAGCGCAGGAGGCACGGGAGUCAUGUUAAAUUUGGACCACGUCCACAACCUCAUUCAUCACGAGCUCGGUUUAAAGCACAUCGCCAUACGCGGUAUCAGCGACUCCGGAUGGUUCCUGGACAGAGCGCCGUACUCUCCCAAUGACCUUUCACCGACCGACGUCGCUCGGAAAGGAAUGGAACUUUGGAAAGCGCGAAUGCCCCACAACUGUGCUGCGAGGCAUGUUCACGAGCCCUGGAAGUGUUACUUUGGCUAUAGGCUUUAUCCAACCCUGACAGCGCCGCUCUUCGUUUUUCAAUGGCUCUUCGACGAGGAACAGAUGUCAGCCGACAAUGUCGGUGCUCCUGUAACCAAACAACAAUGGGACUAUAUCCACAAAAUGGGGGACAGUCUUCGUCAAACCUUUGAAAACGUCACGGCUGUCUUUGCUCCAAGCUGUAUCAGUCACGUCGUCUUGACGAAGAGGGACUGGCAGCUGGUCAAAAUAGAUGAGGUAUCCUUGCCGCAGGCAUUGCAUUGCUGGGAACAGGCAUCGAUUGGGAAUAAACGUAUUGACACACACUCGCAAAUCGAGACUAAUCAACCCUGUGCCAAAUCAGCACGUAAACUUCUGCGCUCGCGACAUACUAAAGGAAAUGGUACAGUCGCAGAGAAUGGAAAGCCUAGCAAGAAUACCACGGUCGCUGAUGUUCGAUUGAAUAUUGCAGGUAUGGCUGGUAAAGUGAACGAGAGAAAAAUGGUUAAUGAUUCCGUUGAAGGAAGAGGGAACAAGAAAAGGCGGCGGAGAAAGCACAAGGCACGAAGACGCGAAAGAAACAAGGAAGGAAAAGCCAAGAAGGAGAAACGCGAACGAAAGAAAGGCCGAAGACAGGGUGCUAAACAUAAUGCCAACAAUCAUCAUACGGCCAUGCUGAAUGGCACCAGACCACAGCGAUCCGUAAUUCCUUCGAGCAAACGAAAUUGUGGUCAGAGUUGUCAGUUCCGUCUUAUAGAAAGAUGCACUUGGCCGCAGUGUAAUCACAGCUGUCCAAAAUUGCAUAAUCCCUUCACCGGCGAAGAGAUGGACUUCAUCGAAUUGCUCAAGAGUUUCGGACUGGACAUGAAGAGCGUCGCGAAUGCCCUUGGUAUCGACAUUCAAACACUCAAUAAUAUGGAUCACGACGAACUACUCAACUUGUUGACACAGCGGGCAAAUUAAGAUCGCGUAUUCCAGUACAAAAUGGUACCAAUCGCCUAGUUCGAUGAUCGAAUCAUUGAUCUUCUUGAACGCAGGUGAGUCAUCGACUCGAUGAACUUAAAAAUCGGUCUGAAUAAUAGAAAAUCCUUCAAGACUGGUAUAAUACGUAACAAUAGCAUUGUGAACUCGAUGAUUAAAUUUUUCCUCAUAAUACUGUGAAAUACUCGUUAAUUGUUUAUUUCGUCAUGCAAUUGUUCGUAUGGUCUUAAUUGGUCGCAUUCUGUUACACCGAACUAUUCUCAAUCAUGGUAUCUCUUAAAUUGUAAAUUUUUAAUAUAUACCUGAAUUUUUAUUCUCUUCAUCAAUCGUCCGUAUAUGCAUACAUUCCAAUCGCAGAUAAAUGCGAGGUAUGUUUUCAAUGUAACCACCGUUGUGGAGGUUUGCAUUUUAAUGAUGUUUCAAUUUCAUCAUGUUACGUCGAUUGAAGUUUUACGAAUUCUCGUCGAGUGAUCGCGCGUCUCGUUAGUUGAAUUCUUGGAAUGCCUGCAACGAGAACGCAAAGGAAAGUCAGUUCCAGGACGAACUGGUAAACGGUUGCAUGCAGUAGGACUUACGUUAAGCUCGAUUGUCGGUUGUCAUAAAUCACUCGAGGAAUAAAACAUAAUGCUAUUAUGUUACCAACAGAGUAGAAAGCACAGAGACUAAAGUAAUUACGUUAUAAAUCAAACAUGCUAGACAGCGGUAUUCAACCAAAAGUAUUGUACAUAACUACCGAGAAUUUAUAUUAUUGUAUUUCUAAUACAUAACGAAGUAUCUUAAUUUAUUGUAGAUUCUAGGUGAAAUAACUGAGUACGAAUGACGUAUUAAUAUUAAUUUUUAACUCUUAAGCGUCACUAGAUGCACACUCUUUAUACAAUAUUGGACACAUAGUCGACACUGCCAAUUUUCUUACGGUCCGUCGUAAUUGAGAGCUCAACAUUUUUUUAUAUGUGAAAGGUUCAAUGAUUUUUCUCGGUCCUAUUACACUUUCUGUAAUUAAAAAGAAUAAUUGUAUUGUGUCACAGUGCCUUCGUGUUAAAGAAAAAAUUCAAACAAGGCAAUAUAAAAAAAAAAGAAAAUAUUUCUUAAACAAAGUUUCGAAUUUAUUAUUAGGGAAAAUCAUGAAAAAUUCACUACAAACUCGUCAUUCUAUGCAAUAAAAUAAUACAAAUUAUUCUUACAGAUAAGAUGACUGCAUCGCGUAAUUUUGAAAACUGAACCCAAACAUAUUCUCUAAUAAUGAGUUCGAUAUUCACGAAUAAUUAGACAUUCGUUCAAUGCGUUUGAUGAUCAAUUAAUAAAACACGUAGGUUGGAAGAAUCACGUAGUGAAAGCGAUCACGUGCUAUAGAUUUUUCGUAAAAUUUUACAAAGUUAAUCAAUAAUCGUUUAAGUCUGAAUAAUAAAAAUGAAGAAAGAAGACUAUGGCAUUGUUCGUUUUCUUAAAAUCAUAGAUGCGAUGCAACAUUAAUGCAAUUAUGCAAAGAAAUCUCGAUGCAAACAGUUACUAACUGAUCAAUCCCCUUUAUAGACUGAUUAAAUUAUCUACCUCAGCAAAUCAAAUUGUAUUAUCGUCUUUUGUGUACACUACAUUCAUGAAUCGAUCGAUGUAAUUAACACUAUCUAAUUAGACUAGUGAGUGAACCACUUGUAUUUAAUGCUUGUAAAAUAAUAACAUAUCUCCAACGAUAAUAUUAUUUAUUUUUAAGUACCUGUACUUAACGGACAACGGAACCCAGUGCUUACUCGAAGGGUCAUUAUUCGACAGGGUAUCCGACAAUUAAUUUAUUCUACUGUAAUUAGUAAAGUAUUAACGAACUAAUAAAAGGCCUCUGUACCUGGCCCGAUAUUUUCUAUGUGACUACUGUACGUAAUCGUAGGUGGACGUGAAUUU